GCCAGGCGCAUGCGCAGAGGGGCUCGCCGGGGGUACUGGCUCUGCGGGAUGUCUCCGGUGCACUCCAAGCCCGACUCGGCGCCGCUCUCGCGGAGGUUGCUGGCCCGCUACCUCCUCCUCCUCCGCCUUUAUCCGGUGCUCACCAAGGCCGCCUCCAGUGCCUUCCUGUCAGCUCUAGGGAGUCUCCUGUCCCAAGUAAUUGAGAAGAGCCAGAAAAAGAGGAGCCUUAACUGGCGGGAACCCCUUCGAUUUGCUGCCUAUGGUUUCUUAUUCACCGGACCUCUCAGCCAUUACUUUUACCUCUAUUUGGAGCAACUCAUUCCUUCGGACGCACAAUUUGCUCUCAUCAAACGACUACUGGUGGACCGUCUGAUUGUCUCCCCGGCCUUCCUGGCCCUCUUUUUCCUGGUCAUGAACUUUUUGGAGGGGAAGGACAUGUCUGAGUUCUCCAAAAAGAUAAAAUCUGGUUACUGGACAUCCUUAAAGAUGAACUGGAAAGUAUGGACUCCCGUCCAGGUUAUUAACUUCACUUAUGUCCCUUUGCAGUUCCAGGUGCUCUUCGGAAACCUCGUUGCCGUCUUGUGGUUCGCCUACUUGGCGUCAGUCAAGAAGAGAUGAGGCGAAAUCUGCGGUUCUGGCCCAGCAAAGGAAGCGGCCAUGAUUUUUUUUCCCCCUGAGGUGGCGGAAGGAGGGAGCAGAGGAAGAUGGCUUGUGAGCCUGAUGGGCCACUUCUCUCCCUUUGCAAGCUGCCCUCCGGCUUUUGUCCUCACAUCUGGGGCCUGGACGAAGGGACUCCCCUUGUUGCUUUCCCCUCAUCUCCCCCAAACACAACACACCUAAUAGCCAUGACUUAACAAGAGGCCAUUUUGUGCUCUUCUUUUCAGAUCUUUUCCAGACGCGAUUGCUGGAAAGGUUUUUCUGCCUUUUUCCUCACACAGCGCUUAAAGGGUGGUGGUUAAUCUGUGGGCAGGGAUCAGAACGGGCCAUUAAAUAUGUGCGUGCCUGGUUUCCUGAGCAGUAAACAUAACGAGAACAGUCUCUUGAAUUAAAAAAAAAAAGCCUUACUGUGA